GAUGCCUUUCAAGAAAUUCAGGCCGAAGUUCUCUAUCUACCAAGUUUGCAUUACUAUACUCGAAGCAAGACAUUUGCCACAAAAUGCGAACCCGCUGGUCGUCGUCAAAGUUGGAAAUCGCAAGAGAAGGACAGUGAUACGUGAGAAGACUGGCAAUCCUAUUUAUAACGAGUACUUCGUAUUCGACUUCACAUGCAGUUUGGACAAUCUGCUAAACACGAGAAUCACGAUAGCGGUCUAUCUGCGCAACUUUGUUCGACUAAAGUUUCACGGAAACACUUCCUUCGAAGUUGCCACAGUAUGGGAACAACCAGAUCGUCAAUACUAUCAUAAGUGGGCUGUGUUGACAGAUCCAAAGGAUCUGUCGGCAGGUCCGAAGGGUUACGUAAAGUGCAACAUCACGGUGAACGUCAAGGAUGAGAAAGUCAAGGUGCAUCCAGAAAUAUUAGAUGAAGAUGAUAUCGAAGGAAACCUCCUGCUUCCUAUCGGUGGUGAGAAACUGCCGUUCAGGCAACGUGCUCGAUACGUUUUCAUUGUUUAUCGCGCCGACGGUUUACCCGACAUGAGCAGCUUGUGCAGAAAAACCGAUUUCGAGAAUAUUAAUCCCUACGUGCAAAUAUCAUUCGCUGGAAUGAAGGGAACAACGAGUGAAGCAUGGCAAACCUACCGUCCGAAAUUCUACGAGGCUAUAAUUUUCAAGGAGAUGUUCCCCGUUCUCUGCCAUCGUGUGAGAAUCACUAUAAAACACCGUAUCGACAGCUGCCGGACUUGCACCGUAGCAGUACAUAUCCUGGAUAUAACAAAGAUCUCGAAUUCCGGAGAGUAUGGAUUCCUGCCGACUUACGGGCCGUCUUUCAUCCACUUUUACGGAUCCGGCUCCGUGGAAAAGAACGGCUGCUCGGGCAAAUGCUUGACGGCAAUGCCUUUGUAUCGCGGAAGGGUGCUUCUGUCGCUGAAAACUGAAAUGGAUGACCCAGAAGCAUCCCCCGGAAUCGGAGUUAAAACCGUUUCAGCAUCUCCCAUUAUUGAAGAGACAAGAUUAGAGAAACUGGAGACUCUUAUGGCUGUUGAGAAUCCUAUAGCUUUCGAAGCUUACAAUGAAACUAUUCGCACAUUAAAAGCUCACUGUGUGCGAUAUUUAGACGCGUUGGACACUGACAGGUAUGAAUCCAAAGGAGGAACCACUAAACUUGAUCGUCAUCGUGCAAGUUUGUGCCGUAAAAAUGUCGAAGAUGUACUUACGAGGAUUAAGAUCAACGGUGAACUUCCUAAUAACAAUUACAUGAGGAUUGCGAUGAUUCAUGCGUAUCAUUAUUAUAAAAAAUUGAGGAAUCUGUGCGAUGAUCCCCAACACAGUCUUCCGGAUGUUUUUGUCUGGAUGAUCGCUGGCUCGAAACGAGUCGCAUACUCGCGUCUGUCAGCCGAGCAGAUCGUCUACUCUGAGGAAGCGACCAAAAUGGGCGGGAAAUGCGGUCGGCGAAUCAAUCUGUUCCCCAGGAAUCCGGACGACGAAAGCGAGCCUGUCGAAUAUAGCGCCUGCAAAAUCGAGGCAUUUUUGUGGCUCGGCAAUGCGAGGUACGCCGCCGCGUGUUGGAGUGCAAUUCCGCCGGGAUACGAGAUCGAUCACGGCAGAAAUGUCGACACGUUCCCGAAGUACAUCGAGUACAAUCAGUUCUCGACGUUUCAGUUGAGAGCUCACAUAUUCCAAGGUCGCUUUGAUCCCGGAAUGGACGCUUCCGGCUUGUUGGAUUCGUAUAUACGAGUCGCGUUUCAAGGAUACACGGCUUCCACGCGGGUGAUAAGACAAAGUUUAGAUCCAUUUUGGGAUCAGACAUUAAUUUUUCCUCCAAUUAUUUUGCAUGGCAAUAAGGAGUAUACUAAAUUUUUACCACCCGAAGUCGUCUUACAGGUUUUACAGCAUGAUUUAUGCAGCACGAGGGAAUUCUGUGGCAAGUGUAUCGCGAUGCCAUUAGUGAAACUCACCACGGAAACUUACUCACCGCCUGAUUUUCCACCGAAAUUAGAGUGGUACAAAUUCCAACCACAGAAAGAUUGCAUCGGUUCAGUUCUCGCCGCUUUUGAGUUGAUAGAAAUAGAGAACAAAGAGAUUGCGGACGUUCCGAUGGAUGUGUCAGUAGAGGACAAGAUUUACAGCAUCCCAUCGGAUAUCAGACCGAAAAUGACGAGCUACAGGCUGGAGGUAAUCUUUUGGGGUGUUCGCGAUAUGAGAAAGAUAAAAUAUAUACCGGUACGUAGGCCGAGAAUUAUAGUGGAAUGCGCCGGAGUGCACAUCAAAUCGGAGGUGAUGAAGAACGCUAAGAAAUUCAGCAACUUUGAGGAACCAUACAUUAUGAUCGAACUGGAAAUGCCGGAGCUCGACAUUUACUAUCCGAGCAUCACUAUAAAGGCUUACGAUUCGCGCGGAUUUGGCUGCUUUAAAUAUGCUGGAAUCUGUAUUAUCCCUAACAUCCAUGUCUUCCUGGAGCAAUUAAUAACCGAGGAAGAUUAUGAUGUGCAGAUAUACGAGUCGAAAUUCAUGCAGAAAUUCCAGUUGGCGAAACGGCAGACGGCAAUAGUGUUACCUUUGCCAAUCGAUUAUAGUCCGUCGAAGGAGGAGAGCAAAGGUCUCAUUGCGUAUAAGAGAAUGGCUGCAACGGACAUCCGUUCUAAGCUGAAGAGGUUGCUUGUAAUCAUGAAGAGGAUAUUAAAAUUCAAGAUCUUUACCAAGAGAAAGAAAGUGAAAAUUUACAAAGAUAGCGAUGAUGAAACUCUCGAUUGGUGGAGUAAAUAUUUUGCCUCCCUUCAGGAAGAGAGAAAUAGAGAAUUGGGAAUCACGACAGCGUAUCGUCGUAAACCCGUGACGACGUUCAAGGUACUAUUUAAUGCACUUCCCAAACUAGAGUGCUUAGACACUGAAAUCAGAUCUAUUCUACGGAGCUGGAGAUGCAGCCGCAGUUCGAAGGAUUUCAAGACCGACUUCGCACAUUUGAAUUGUGGCGCGGAAGGAAGGGAGAAAAUCCCGAGUAUGCCGGAGAUAAUUACGCCGGCAAAUUUAAGCGUGUUCGAGAUGGAGGCAAGCUUCCCACAGGAUUAUAUGUUGGAGAUUCAAGUGUGGGAUUUCGAUGUUACGACGGCUGAUGAUUUGAUCGGCGUGACGCAAAUUGACAUCGAAAAUCGAUUUUACAGUCGGCAUCGGGCGCAUUGUGGAAUCGCAAAUGUUUAUAGCACUGCUGGUUACAACGUCUGGAGGGAUCGAGAGAAACCUGUACAGAUUCUGGAGCUCCUCUGUAGGAAGAACAAUUUACCGCUACCGGAAUACGGAGAACACGAGAUUAAGAUUGGCAAGCAAGCAUUUCCCUUCCACGCCGUGAUCGAACACGAAAGCGUCGACAGAGAAGAAUACAUGGCUCUCAGUGUGCUUCAUCACUGGCAAGAUUUUCCUAUUUGCGGAUGCGCUCUGGUACCGGAGCACGUCGAGAGACGGCCACUUUUCAACGUUAAGAGACCCGGUCUCGAGCAGGGCAAACUCGAAAUGUGGAUCGACAUGUUUCGAAUAGAACAAUUGCCACCGAAACCGGCGGUCAACAUUGCUCCUCCAAUACCGGAGGAAUAUGAAAUUCGCGUUAUUGUUUGGAAUACCGAAGACGUGCCAUUGACUGAGAGCCAAUUCCUCACCGGAGAAAAAUGCUCCGACAUUUAUGUCAAAGGAUGGAUUCAAUACGAGAAUUACCAAAAAACCGACAUUCACUAUAACUCUCUGACCGGUGAGGGUAACUUCAAUUGGAGAUUCGUAUUUCGCAUCACAUAUUCGAAAGGCGAGAAUGUUAUGAUAGUUCGCAGAAGAAUGUCUGUGUUCGCUACAAAUGAAGUCGAAGAGAAGUUGCCUUGCAAGCUUCAUCUACAAGUCUGGGACAGUGAUCAUUUUUCUUCGGAUGAUUUUCUAGGAGAGUUGACACUAGACCUGUCCAGAAUGCCGCGUGGAAGUUCAAACUCCAAAAACUGUACGCUGAAAUUACUCGAACCGCAAUUACCUACAAUAAAUUUAUUCAAAGUUACUCGGACUAGAGCUUGGUGGCCUUUUGUGCGUGGUAUUGACAGCGGUAGAUAUAUUCAAGCGGGUAAAAUUGAACUGGAAAUAUUCUUGUUGAAAGCAAUAGAUGCAGAUAAUGAACCGGCAGGCAAAGGAAGAGAUCCACCUCAAAAUCUUCCACCCCCGAGACGACCCGAUACUUCAUUCUCUUGGUUCCGCAAUCCAUGGAGAGCGUGUUGUUUCGUCGUUUGUCGCUAUUAUAAAUGGCGAAUUCUAUGCUGUCUUACGUGUACACUAUUUGUGCUUUUAGUAGCAUGCGGGAUUUACGCUUUUCCAGGAUACUUUGUUAAACGUCUCUUAGGCGCUUAG